UGACAGCGGCAGAACCGUUCUGGUUUUCAUGGUGUGUGUUCGUGUGCUUCGCUGCCUGUUGAAUCGCUUUAGGGUCUAUGAAAAGUGUCACGUGAGACCUCGUAGCGGUGGUUGCUGGGCUGGAGGUUUUAGAGCACACUCGACCUUCUCAGACCCCCAGCACCCGGGUUCCCUCUGCAGAAAGACUGAAUUCUCUGGGUUCUGUGUGGGUUGGUUGGUUUGCAUUCCAAGGGUUCAUUUUGCUUUGCGAGAUAGUCUAGCAUUAGUUGUGUUCAGAUCUCCUUUGCCUAAAGAAUUAUCCCGGUUGUAUCUUAUGUAUUGAUGCUGUCCUUUACAGUUUGGCUUGAAUGCCUCAGAACUGACGAAGUGUAGAAACAAGAGCAUUGUCUUGCCCUGUGCUGGAGGGAAAGCGUGUGGCAGCUUUGUGUAAGAGUGAAGUGCAGGCUUUCCUGUCUGCCAGAGCUGGAGUGGAUUUGUCCUCCCUGCCUGUUGGUCUGGCUGGUGUCUAUCAGAAGAGGUGAUGCUGGCUGUUGGCAGUGAACCUUUCCUUUGCUUCUGCUUUUGUGAGAUGUGAUUGAACUGAAGCCUGUGGUGAGGACAGAAUGAUAUAAAUUAGUCCUCAACUUGUUGGAUUUCAGCAGUUUUUCUUACUGUGCCAGAUGAAGUAAACAGAGCUUGGAUUUGUCAUACAGCAACAGUUGUAGAAAUACAGCUUCUAAUGUGACAGUCUGUUUGCCUAUAGCCUUAGUUUCUGAUGCAUUAGUCUGGUUUUGUUCUGUUUUUAGCAUCCUGUACUUUUUCCUUUGCUCUAGGCUGUUCAUUUCACUGAAUUUUUUAGAGUAAAGCAGGAGUGUAGGCUUUGCUUUUAUACUAAUACAAGAAAUGUUUUAACUUACAUAUACAUACGUGUGUGUGUGUAUAUAUAUAGAUAUAUGCAUGCACACACAUUUGUUUUAAACUCUGUUCAGGUGAGGGAGAAAAUUGGUUGCUAAGAAGGUGAUUUUUGUGGACUCUGAAAGUCAGGACCCCAUUAUUUGCUUGCUUUGCAUGUAACUGUGUCUGGUAUGAUUUUGGUUGCACAAGGUGGUCUAAGCAUAAGGUGGAUGGAAAAGAUGAGACAGCUGUAAAUCCUCUGCAAAAUCAUCCAAUAGUGGGGCAGAAUGACUGGAUGUGAAGGAAGGGUAACUUCUUCCUGAAUGUCUUAAGGAUGGAAAUGAGCACAUAGAGAAAAACAGGGAAGUGUUUUGAAUAGUAAAUGAUGCCAAUGUAUUUUCAUAACUUUGCUGGUGUUCUCUUAUCUGUGGUGCCAGUUGGUGUCAGUUCCAUCAGCGCUGUUGCCACAGAGGGAACAGAUCUGCACAUCCUCCAGUGUCAAUGUGGGAGUUAUUAAAAAGUUUUGCCAGAGGUGAUGGAUAAAGGCAGUGGUUACGACAUCGGACUCGUGUCACCCGCAUUGGUGCAGUGCUGAGGUUGCUUGGAAUUAGUAGAGCAGAGCUGAUGUUGGUGCUCACACAUCUUAUGGGCAGUGUGUUGCCUGUUGUGUUGUUGUGCAGGGACUGCAGCUUGUUUUGUUUUGCUGCCACAUUCCUGAGGCUGAGCGUGUGCCCAUGCUGCACAGCUCUGGGUUUGGUUCAUGUGACAGUUUCUUACUGUGAAUGGUGAAACCUGAAUGUGAAGGAGUAUACCAAACGUAUUCAGGUGACGAUGGAUUUCCUGUUGGCAUUCACAUUAGACUUCUUUACAGGAGUUGUGUGUCUGAAACGUGGAUGUUCAGGAUAACAUGUCCAAUGUGUCAGAAGAAAGAAGCACUAGACAACAGGACAUUAAGAAAGGACUCCAGUUUAUAGAAUCUACUUUGCCCUACCCAGGGACACAAGAACAAUAUGAGCUAUUUAUACGAGAACUUGUUAGAAAUCUUUUUAAUGAAGGGAAUGAUGUAUAUCGAGAAGGUGAUUGGAGAGGAUCGCUGAAUCACUAUUCAGAAGCUAUUAACAUAGCAGAUUAUGCCAAUUCUGAAGAAAUCCACGUGUCUGAUGAUAUUUUAGAGAAGCUACAUGUAAACAGGAUAGCAUGUUUUUCAAACAUGGGGCUGCAUGAAAAAGUUCUAGAAGACUGUGAGAUAGCAUUAAGGUUAAAUGAAAAUAAUUUUAGAGCACUCUAUCGGAAAGCAAAAGCAUUGAAUGAGCUGGGAAGGUAUAAGACAGCUUAUGAUGCUGUAGCAAAGUGUUCUCUUGCUGUGCCACAGGAUGAAAGUGUGAUUAAGCUUACUCAAGAACUAGCUCAAAAAUUAGGAUUAAAAAUAAGGAAAGCAUAUGUAAGAGCAAAGCCACCCUCAAAUUCAGUUUCUAAUGAUGCAUCAACUCAGAAUUCUUCUUCUGUAGAAGAUAUUGAGUUAGAUUUGUCUGACCAGAAGCAAGAUACGAUUUCUUCUGCUUCUUCGUCAGCCUUUGUUUCCGAAUUGUCUAAAGUGGCAUCAGUACCCAUAUCAUCGUUAUCUUCUGUUAUGUCUCUUCAAGCGGAAAAAGCUUCUUUGCCUUCUGCAGCAUUGGCAAAUGGAGGAAAUGCUUCUUUCUCUAUGCCAGAAACAUGUUUAGAUUGUGGAGAUGGAGAUAUAAUUAUUGGUGAAGAACUUGAUGAAUUACUUGAUUCUGUGCCUGAUCCAGAUGAAAGCAUAAUGCAAACUGCAGGUGCCAGGGGACCAAUUCCUGCAGGAGGUGUUGCUCCCAGCGUGCCCUUCUCUGCUUCCUUGCUGGGGACGUUGCCCGUUAGUACAGGAUUUGUUCCUUCACCCUCUCUUUCAGAAAUCUUUUCACAGCCUUUGGCUUCUUCAUUGGAAAAUUUCUGUUCCCCGUUAAGCACCUUUUCAAUCAGUGACCCAAAAAGAGACCUUUCAAGUUCAGCUUCUAGAGAUGGAACACCAACACUUAGCAGCAAUAACUCUCCAUUGUUUAUAAAUGGCCCUAGUAGUUUGUUUGGGUCUGAAAAUUACAUGGGGAUUUCAGGUCAAACUAGAAAUGACUUCUCAAAUGUUUUUAGCAGUGCAACUGCUAAUAUACCUGUAUCUUCAGCACUCAAGGGAAGAAACCCAUUAGAAGGCACACAUGAGCUAAGGCAGGCCUGCCAGUUAUGUUUUGUCAAAAAAGGUCCUAAAUUACUGGAUUAUGCUUAUCACCCUAAUUUAGAACAUAAAUGUAAGAAGGAUAUUCUAAUUGGUAGAAUAAAAAAUUCUGAAGAUAAAUCAUGGAAAAAAAUACGUCCAAGACCAACAAAAACACAGUAUGUGGGACCAUAUUAUAUAUGUAAAGAUGUUGCUGCUGAAGAGGAAUGCCGAUAUCCAGGGCACUGCACGUUUGCAUACUGCCAAGAAGAGAUAGAUGUGUGGACACUGGAGCGCAAAGGAGCUUUUAGUCGAGAAGCUCUUUUUGGAGGAAAUGGAAAGAUCAACUUUACUGUCUCACGACUUCUUCAAGAACAUCAUGGAUUCUUUAUGUUUCUUUGUGAGAAAUGUUUUGAUCAUAAACCCAGAAUAAUAAGCAAAAGGAACAAGGAUAAUUCAUCUUCUUGUUCUCACCCUGCUAUGCAUGACUUCGAAGAUAACAAGUGCCUUGUCCACAUUUUGCGAGAAACUAUGGUGAAGUAUUCAAAAAUUCGCCCUUUUCAAGUUCGGUGUCAACUUGACCUGUGCAGACAUGAGGUACAUUAUGGCUGCUUAAGAGAGGAUAAAUGCUUUUAUGCUCACAGUCUGGUAGAGCUUAAAGUCUGGAUAAUGCAAAAAGAAACAGGUAUUUCGCAUGAUACUAUUGUUCAAGAAUCAAAGAAAUAUUGGCAGAACAUGGAAGCUAGUGCACAUGGGUCACAGAUCCUUGGGAACCAAAUGAAAUAUGGAUCACUUAAUUUGAAGAUGAAGUUUGUUUGUGGUCAGUGCUGGAGGAAUGGUCAAGUUAAUGAGCCAGACAGAAACAAAAAAUACUGCAGUGCAAAGGCAAGACACCCGUGGACCAAAGAUCGCCGUGUGGUGCUUGUGAUGUCAAACGAACGUAAGAAGUGGAUGACCAUCCGUCCCCUUCCUGCAAAGAAACAAGUGCCUCUGCAAUUUGAUUUGUGCAAUCAUAUUGCUUCCGGCAGGAAAUGUCAGUAUGUGGGCAACUGCUCCUUCGCCCAUAGUCCUGAGGAGAGAGACAUGUGGACAUAUAUGAAGGAGAACAGCAUUCAAGACUUGGAGCAGUUGUAUGACAUAUGGCUAAAAAGUCAAAAACCAGAAAAAGGAGAUGAUACAGCUGCUCAGGCGAAUAAAGAAAAUGGGAAGCAAAUUCACAUGCCGACUGACUAUGCUGAAGUAACAGUGGAUUUCCACUGCUGGAUGUGUGGGAAGAACUGUAAUAGUGAGAAACAGUGGCAGGGUCACAUUUCUUCUGAGAAGCAUAAAGAGAAGGUUUUCCACACAGAAGAUGAUCAGAACUGCUGGCAGUAUCGCUUUCCAACUGGAUGUUUUAGCAUUUGUGAUAGAUAUAUGGCUGGUACUUGCACAGAGGGAAACAACUGUAAAUUUGCCCAUGGAAAUGCUGAACUCCAUGAAUGGGAAGAACGAAGACAAGUUUUAAGAAUGAAGCUCAGCAAAGCAAGAAAAGAUCACUUGAUUGCUCCCAGUGAUAAUGAUUUUGGAAAAUAUAGUUUUUUGUUUAAAGGUUUAGACUAAUACUGAGAUGACAUAAACGUGUUACCAGCUGGAAGCGUAAACCAGAAAAAAAUUGUCAAUAAUCAAAAGCAUGUGACAGAAAAGCUGCAGGUUUUCUGCUUUUAUUGGCAUAUAUUGUUCCUCCUGAACAGCAAAAUAUAGUAGAUUUAGGGGAAUUGAGUGGACCUGUCUGUGCUGUCAUGAAACAGAGCGGUGGAUAAAAAAAUCUGAAGUAUUAUGUGCUUUCUCACCUCCUGUUGGACGAAAAUGAUAGAGAAUAGAAGGGGGAGAGAGGUUGUAAUGUCUAGGAAGCCCCCUAGUGUCAGUCCUUCAGCUGAAAAACUUCACAGUAUCAAGGUAUUACAAAGAGUGUUGCGGGCUAAGAAAAUGACGGAUGAAUAUUCUUCAGAUCUUUUAAUGGAGACGAUUUGUUUAAAACAAAGUUUGCUACUUAUCUAUAUGUAGGUUGCUAAAAAAGGAUUUUCUUAUUAAAGAUUUUAAGCAAAAUAACCAUUUAACUACAAUAUAUGUUGAAUGGGUAUUUUUUCUCUAUUUGUAUGUUUCAAUAUAAUUUACUGAAAAAGGAUCUUGGGAGGAAAAACGUAUUAAUUUUUGAAAAUGAAGUAGUUAAAAUUGUUUCUUGGUCUUUGCUGUUUAAAUGAUGAUUUUGAAAGAUUACACUUGUAUGUCAGUAUUGUGUAUUAUCGUAUGGACUAAUGUUGCCUGUAAUAAAGAGAACUUUACACAAAGCUCUUUUCUGCA